CUCCCAACCAACCAUAUCACAGCACAACAGCAACGAAGCCAGUCACAGUCUCACAGCUACUACAACAAACAAAGCGAUCAAUCCUUGCUCACUAGCCCGUGCAUCAUUUCCCAUGGCAACCACGGUGAUGGCCUCCGCCACGAGUUCCCUCGCCUUCGCCGCCGCCGGCGGCUUCCCUGCCCGGCUCCCGGCGGCCAGCUUAGCGCCGCGCCGGCGCGUGCCGCUCAUCGUCAGGGCCGCCAAGAAAGAGGAUGCCGACACAAGCAGCGCAGCGGCCACGCCCAAGCCGGCGGCGAGGAGCCCGGGGCUCUGGGACGCGCUGGCGUUCAGCGGGCCGGCGCCGGAGCGGAUCAAUGGGCGGCUGGCGAUGGUGGGCUUCGUGUCGGCGCUCGCCGUCGAGGCGGCCCGCGGGGACGGCCUCCUCGCGCAGGCCGGCAACAGCGCCGGCCUCACGUGGUUCGCCUACACCGCCAUCGUGCUGUCCGCAGCGUCGCUGGCGCCGCUGCUCCAGGGGGAGAGCGUCGAGGGCAGGAGCGGCGGCUUCAUGACCGCCGACGCCGAGCUCUGGAACGGGCGCCUCGCCAUGCUCGGGCUCGUCGCGCUCGCGGCCACCGAGUACCUCACCGGCACGCCCUUCGUCCACGUGUAGUGUAAAUACGGCGUAUACUAUACGGGUGUAGUUGUAGAGGUGCUAGUAUAUACGAAAUGUAUGUACGUGUAGCUGUUAAGUACAGUGGUGGAAACAUUGUAACAUCCCCUGAAAAAGAAAAUAUAUUGCAGGAUUCGUUUGACAAAA